UCGAGGGAUGCUGCCCAUUCUGAUCUCAACCCCUGUAACCACCACCCAACCCCACAAAAAAUUAGUAAAUGCCGCGAUUAAAAAUUUUCGAUUCAUAUAUUUUUUAGAAAUUAGAAAGUAAUAUGUGUUUCCUAAGAAUAUAAUAAAUAAUCUUUUAGCUAGUCUCUCUCUGUCUCUAGCUUUUCUUCUUUUGUGUGUGUGUGACACGAGAAAAGGAAAAAACAAAAUCUUUAUUCAAUUUUCAUUCGCGCAAGUGCCUCAUCUUUUUUCAGUUUUCAACAUCUCUCCUUUUUUUCCAAUCAAAAAGAAUAUUCUAAAUAUUAAAAAAAAAGAAAGAAAGAAGAAAGCCAGUGAAAAUUUACAAGCAAAAAAAAAGGAACAUCAAUUACAAAAUCAUCAUUGUCGUCAUUUAAAUUGAUUAUUUAAAGAGAAAAUAAGAGACAAUGGCGUACUUUAGAGGAGUCUUUAUUCCCUCAUUGAGUGCAACAUUAAAUGUAGCAUGGGAGACAUUAAAAUCAAAAUGGCCUGAAAAUAGUCCAUGUAUGGAAAUGAUUAGAAAUGCUGGCGGCGUUGGUGGAGGAGGAGGCGGCGGCGGCGGCGGUCCUGACACUUCCGGUAAUUUUCGAUCAUUUAACGAAGGCGAAAAUACUGAAAUGACAACAAUGAAGGGUCAAGAGGGUUAUGGCGAGCAAGGAAUCGCUGAGGACUCGUUUAGUUAUCAAAGAAGCAGUGAUAAAAUGAGAACCGGAAGUGUCAGCAGUGGGGGUUUUAGUGAUUAUGACGAAGGUGGUGGUGGUGAGUUUGGUGGUACGGGGGUGAAGAUCAACGAAUGGCAGGCUGCCUAUAAUGUCACUAAUGCCAUACAGGGAAUGUUCAUCGUUUCACUUCCCUUUGCCGUACUUCGCGGUGGUUAUUGGGCGAUUGCAGCCAUGAUUGGUAUCGCACACAUUUGCUGUUACACAGGUAAAAUUCUAGUCGAAUGCCUCUACGAAUUGGACACAACAACCGGACAACGUGUUCGAGUACGCGACUCCUACGUAUCAAUUGCAAAGGAAUGCUUUGGACCACGUUUCGGUGCAAGGGCAGUAAAUGUCGCGCAAAUUAUUGAAUUACUAAUGACAUGCAUUCUCUAUGUCGUUGUCUGCGGUGAUUUAAUGGUGGGAACAUUCGAGGACGGCGCAUUGGACAAAAGAAGUUGGAUGAUGUUAAUUGGCAUAUUUUUAAUUCCCCUCGGCUUUUUAAAGUCACUGCAUCACGUUUCGGUGUUGAGUUUUUGGUGCACGAUUGCACAUCUUUUUAUCAAUGCAAUAAUACUUGGCUAUUGCCUACUGGAAAUUGGCGAUUGGGGCUGGUCCAAAGUGAGAUGGAGCAUUGACAUGAAGAAAUUUCCAAUAUCAUUGGGCGUCAUUGUAUUCAGUUAUACAUCGCAAAUAUUUCUCCCGACACUCGAGGGAAAUCUUAUUGAUCGUUCGAAAUUUGAAUGGAUGUUAAAUUGGAGUCACAUUGCGGCGGCUGCUUUUAAAUCGCUUUUCGGUUGGAUUUGCUUUAUGACUUUUCAGGACGACACACAACAGGAGAUAACAAAUAAUCUCCAUUCAACUGGAUUCAAGGGCCUGGUGAACACUUGCCUCGUCGUGAAGGCAGUUCUCUCCUAUCCACUCCCAUAUUACGCAGCCUGUGAAUUACUUGAGAGGGCAUUUUUCCGCGGCCGACCAAAAACAAUAUUCCCCACAAUUUGGACGGUGGAUCGUGAAUUGAAAGUCUGGGGUCUCGCCUGGCGCGUUGGCGUGAUUUUAUUCACAAUUUUCAUGGCCGUUUUUAUACCGCACUUUGGCAUUCUCAUGGGUUUCAUUGGCUCAUUCACUGGCACCAUGCUCUCAUUUAUUUGGCCCUGUUAUUUUCAUUUGAAACUCAAGCGAAAUUCAAUGGACAUGAGCGCGGCGGCCUACGAUUGUUUCGUUAUAUUCUUGGGCGUUCUCUUUGGCGUUAUUGGCGUUUACGAUUCGGGUAGUGCGUUAAUUGAGGCUUUUGAAAUUGGUCUUCCGUUUUAAAAAAGCGAAAAAAAUUUUUUUUUUUUUUUUUUUUUUAUCGCACAUUUUUUAAUACGUUAUUAAUUUAUUUAUUUAUUUUUAAUUUUUAUUAAUUUAUUCAUUAAUAAAUUUAUUCACUCAG